CGUUCCGGCUGAGGACCGCAGGCUGAGGCUCCGGGGCGAGUCCAGGGCUACGCCCGCCGUGGACAUGGGGGCGGUGGGCGCAGGGCUGGUGGACUGCCACUGCCACCUCUCCGCCCCAGAUUUCGACCGCGAUCUGGAUGAUGUGUUGGAGAAAGCCAAGAAAGCCAAUGUUAUGGCUCUUGUGGUGGUUGCUGAACAUUCAGGAGAAUUUGAAAAGAUUAUGCAGCUUUCAGAACGAUACAGCGGGUUUGUCCUGCCCUGCUUGGGGGUCCAUCCUGUGCAAGGACUUCCACCGCGAGACCAGAGGAGUGUCACGUUAAAGGAUUUGGAGGUAGCUUUGCCCAUUAUUGAGAAUUAUAAGGAUCGAUUGUUGGCCAUUGGAGAGGUGGGGCUUGAUUUCUCCCCUAGGUUUGCUGGCACUGAUGAGCAGAAGGAAGAACAAAGACAAGUCCUAAUCAGACAGGUCCAGCUGGCUAAAAGACUGGAUUUGCCUUUAAAUGUUCACUCACGCUCAGCUGGAAGACCCACCAUCAGCCUCUUAAAUGAGCAAGGUGCUGACAAAGUGCUGCUCCAUGCAUUUGACGGUCGGCCAUCCGUAGCCAUGGAAGGAGUAAAAGCUGGAUACUUCUUCUCAAUUCCUCCUUCUGUCGUAAGAAGUGGACAGAAGCAGAAACUGGUGAAACAAUUGCCUUUAACCUCAAUUUGUCUGGAAACAGAUUCACCUGCACUAGGACCAGAAAAACAGGUACGGAAUGAACCCCAGAACAUUGCCAUUUCCGCAGAGUAUAUUGCCCAGGUGAAAGGAAUCUCAGUGGAAGAAGUCGUGGAAGCGACAACGCAGAACGCACUGAAACUGUUUCCCAAGCUUCGGCACCUGCUCCACAGAUAGCGUCAGAACCAAACCAACUGCAGGGGGCAGCAUUUGAGAAAAAGAAGUCCUGAUUGAGAGUCUGAACUGAGGACCUGAAGAAAUCGUUACAUUGAGAUAGAGAAGAUUGCAGUUUCAGAGAACUGUUUCUCUUAGAAGUAAAACAGGGCUUGGAUCCUGAAACCCUGGGUUCUGAUUCUGCCUUGUGCUGUUUUCCAAUGAACGGAGUCCUGGCAGGAGACUGGGACACACCACCCUGCUUCUUUCCGUGCCCCCUUAGACAGAACCACCACGUGAACUGACACCAUUUCUUCUGCAAGGGUGGCUCCCACCGGUGAGACGGUGAGACGUAGGCGCCCCCAAGAAGGCGUGGGCGUGGCCAGAGUUUCACCCUCACCCCUGUCUCUUCCCAUGGGACCCGUCUAGCGGAAGGGGACCUUCUGGUUCCUUACACUGUCCGAAAUCGCCUCUUUUCUGGGUUUGUAAAAUCGGACUUUUAGUCUUUGAAUUAUGCCUUUUUAAGAGAAGAAUGUACAAGGUUUUAUAUUGAUCUUAGAUUGUGACUUAGGAGGCCAAUGUUUAUACAAUCACCUGUUAAAUACCAAACCCAAAAAUUUAGUUAAUAAACUGAUUUUGUUUCAGUCUGAA